AUGUUGGCACCUCACAUCAUCAUUGAUGAGGAAGAUUUCCGAUCCUUGUGCCAAAGAGUCGCCUCUAAUGACGAGACCUCGGAUAUUGUGUCCUUGACGACAAGUUCCAGAUCGGACAACGAAGGGGCACGACAAAUAGGAUUUGUGAUGAUGGAUCAAGAUGUCAGGGACUUGGCACAGGCGUUGGCACAGAAUACUGCUGUGACUGAACUCUAUAUCAACAUCACAAGAAUUUCAGUCCGGGGGGCAAUAGCGCUGAUGCCAUACAUCAUAUCCAGCAAGACAUUGGGUAUUUUGGGUCUUCAGGGAAAGUUGAAACCAGAUUGGAACUUUGACAUUGAAGAUGACGACGAUGAAGAUGACGACUUCGAGUUGGAAAAUCGUCAAGUGGUGGCAAUCGAGGUUCUGAUACGAGCAGCUGUGCAGAACAGAUUUGGGCUGACUCUCGAACUACAGAGUUGUCCUGUGGCACGGUCCAGCCUAAGAGUAUGUUUUCAGCCGAAUAGCUAUUUGUGCGAAUUAUCCGUUGGAGCUGGCAACUGCCAAAUGAUUGAAGAUGAUGAGGACCUUCUAGCUGAUGGAUUAGUUUAUAGUACCAAGCUCCAAGAAGUUACCAUUGUCCAAAAUGAUGGGGACAAAGGACUGUCCAACUUUCUCUUUCAGUGUUGUGUCCAUUUGCCAUGUCUCGAGAAAAUCUACAUUGGAGGAAAUUGUAGUGUUCCAGCUGCUUUAUCGCAGGUUCAUACUUUACAAGAUGUUUCCUAUAUGAACGAGUCUGCCGAUGAGAAUCCCGACGCAAUAAGCUCUCUUACCUGUUUUAUUGAGAACGCUGACAGUCUGAAUCGGUUAUUUUUACAGUUGGUCGACCUAGCUGAGGACCAAAUAGAGGGCUUGAGGCUUGCAUCUGAACACAACCGUAGUUUGACCCACAUUUGGCAGAGCCCAAGGUUUUGCAAGAAGCUUUCUGAUUACAGCCGGCGGAAUGCUGCUUUCUUGACAAAAUGGCAAGAUUUGAGAACGGAAAUCGAAGACACUCUUUUUCCUUUUGCAGCCGAGGUUGCAACCAAGUCAAAUAUCGGUCGCUCUUCCCUUUACCUUCGUCUUCCACAGAUUCUAAGUAGGGAAUAA